GUGUACACGCCAUACCACAUGCACCGGCCAAGGAACCCUCGCCUCCCAUCGGCACCACACAGUCGAGUACCAGCGAGAAGGAGAUCCUGUACUUCAAGGACACACACAAACACCCGCAGCUGCCGUAUGUGGAGGACUAUGUGGCCACCACCUCACUGCCCGAGGCCAACGAACUGGUCAGGGCGGCGGUGGAGCGGGAGAGGAAGGUGCACGCACGGUUUGAUGAGGCCAUGCAGAGCGAAAGCAUACGCACACCCUUCUCACUGCACGACCACACGGCGGCAAUCAUCCGCACGGUACCCGCACUCGAGCCUCCCCCAACGGACAAAUAUCGAGGAGGAAGUAA